AUGAAAAUCCUUAUAGUAAUAAUGCCAGCACUCAGAAGGCAUGAUCUGCAGCAGAUGGUUAGAGAGCAUGCUGCCAAGUGCAAGGAUGAGGGAGUGGAUUACUAUCGCAGCUGGAAGGUAGCAGGAACAAUGCAGGACACAAAGUUUACGCAGGCAGUGAUCUGGGAUCAGAGCAUGGGGCUGUCUCUGCUUUGUUUUCUGAAGAAUGUGCAGAUGAUUGGAGAGUGCUGUCAGACUGGACUGCGGAUUGGAGACUGAUGUCAGGCUGUGUGGUGGAGGAGUGAUUGAAAGAGGCCUUAACAGCAGUUUUGUCUAUUUUUUGUAACAGAACAGAAUUUCUGUUAUGAAACAGAAAAUCAGUUUCUAAACAGUUUUCUGUUUUUUUGCUUGUUAAAACAAAUUUUUUUUCUGUUUUUGAUUCUUGUAAUUCCUGAAU